GCCGGGAAGACGGCGGCGCUUCAUGGCGGGGAACUUCUGGCAGAGCUCCCACUAUUUACAGUGGAUUUUGGAUAAACAAGACCUGUUGAAGGAACGCCAAAAAGACCUCAAGUUUCUUUCAGAAGAAGAGUAUUGGAAACUGCAAAUAUUUUUUACAAAUGUUAUCCAAGCAUUAGGAGAACACCUGAAACUAAGACAACAAGUAAUUGCCACUGCUACAGUCUACUUCAAGAGAUUCUACGCCAGAUAUUCCCUGAAAAGCAUAGAUCCUGUAUUAAUGGCUCCUACGUGUGUGUUUUUGGCAUCCAAAGUAGAGGAAUUUGGAGUGGUCUCAAAUACAAGACUGAUUUCUGCUGCAACUUCAGUGUUAAAAACUAGGUUUUCAUAUGCCUUUCCCAAGGAAUUCCCCUACAGGAUGAACCAUAUACUAGAAUGUGAAUUCUAUCUCCUAGAAUUAAUGGAUUGCUGCUUGAUAGUUUACCAUCCUUAUAGACCUUUACUCCAGUAUGUUCAGGACAUGGGCCAAGAAGACAUGUUGCUUCCUCUUGCAUGGAGGAUAGUGAAUGACACAUACCGAACAGAUCUUUGCUUGCUGUACCCGCCUUUCAUGAUAGCUUUAGCCUGCCUCCACGUGGCUUGUGUUGUCCAGCAAAAGGAUGCAAGGCAGUGGUUCGCUGAACUUUCUGUUGACAUGGAAAAGAUUUUGGAAAUAAUCAGGGUUAUCUUAAAGCUGUAUGAGCAGUGGAAGAAUUUUGAUGAGAGGAAAGAAAUGGCAACUAUUCUCAGUAAGAUGCCUAAACCAAAACCCCCUCCAAACAGUGAAGGAGAACAGGGUCCAAAUGGAAGCCAGAAUUCUAGCUACAGCCAGUCCUAAGCCAUUGCGAAGAAUUGCCUUGUGGGACCACCUUGGCUCAGAACAUGGGGAUAGUUUCUGGACUACAGAUGGCCCGUAGGCCCACUUCAACGACGGCCGUCGGAAACCAGAUGAGAAGCCCUUCGGUCAGGUAGAAAGGGGGUGCUUUUCUUUCUGCCCCGCUUUGAAAUUGUUCUCUCGUGUUCUUCAUCCACUGGAUCCCUGGCGCAAAUAAAUGAAGACCUUUUUAAAUAGAAAAUACUAAGUUUCUGAAGAGGGCCGGAACCGUACUGCUACACACGCGGUUACAGGACGUUCUGGGAAGCAGGCAUUGGGUUCCUCUGGUUCACGAGAGGUCACAGUCUGUAGAGUUGUCCUUUGUUUCAUACGGUAGAGUACUCAGGGGCUCGCUGUUCUAUCCAGACAGGCGCACACCGUGGGAAGGAGAUUCCCUAAUUCCUCACCGGCGUUUGACCAAAACACGCAGUGAAAGCACACGUUCUAGAAGGACUGAUUGUACUUCACGACCAGUCCGUCAGUGGUAUGGAUUGAGUCUAGUUUGUCCUUGCUUGGGCUUGGAAAGAGGAAAAAAAAAAAAAAACCAACUACAGCUUGUUCUUAAAUUGGGGUUUUAAACCACACUAACCUGGAGGAUAACUUUUUGUUCAACUUUUUUUUUUUAAGUCACUGUAGGAAGGUGGUACAUGAAUAUAUUCAGUACUCUAGAAUUUUCAUAGUAGAUGUUAAAAUAGCAAACCGCACUUUUAAAAUGAUCUUGUAUGGUUUCCCUGGUUUCAUUGAAAUUUUCAGGAAAAAAAAUCAAGUCUUUAAAGACAUACCAUGUACUUUAAUCAGUCAGUUUGAUCUCUUACCAAGAGAAAUGUUCCCCAGCCAAGCGGCAAAGUGCAGUAUUUAUAGUGUCCUGGGACAUUUGUUAAAGUUUCCUGCAGUGUUAGAAAUCCGUAUGUAAGUUAUUUGUGAUAAUAUACAAUUGAAUCAAGUUUUUAAGUAAAAGUAUAUAUAGCCUGGAUCUGUCCAUUUUUUUUAUUGGUUAAUUUUGAAUCUUUUACUGUAGAUUGAUUUUUGUACAAGGGGUAUAUGCUGUUUGCCUACGGUCACUAUUAGUGCGAGUUAGGCUAGUUUUCAUCAGCGAUCUCUUGAGCCAGGGACACAGUCCAGUUUCCAACCAGCCCCACAACAACCACUCUUAACUCUAACCCUCAAAGGAAUGGGCUCCAGAGAGAGUCUUUCUUGAAUGAGAAUGCUGCCUACAGAAUUGACUAGAGAAAUGGAUCGUAUUCUCCAAGGAAUUGGGAUUGUCAUUGUACCACUGAUGCACCACUUUCCUUGAGAUUUUCAUUUUUUUUUUUAAUAAUCAGUUGUGUACAAUAUCAUCGCGUUAAAUGUUGAAUGGGAUAAAAUGUCAACAAUAAAAAUAACUUCUCCA